CAGAUCAUCUUAUAUUUUAUUGUAGGUACGUUAACUUAAAAUUCACGCACACGAUGACUGAAUUUAAUGAGUUAAUAACAAAUAUUUCAUUAAAAGAACUAUAUACUUCUGAAAAAAAUGGUGACGACGAAAGAGGUGAUGGGAGUCAUAUCAAUCCGUUUAGAACUAUAUUACAAGCAAUGUUAGUUGUUGGCGAAGAACCAUUUCCUUCAAUAUAUGUUGAUGCAAAAGAAAAUAACUCAUCUUCAUAUGAACUUGUAUCUAUCUCACAACUCAAAAAAAUGAAAAAAAUUUGGCAAAAUGAAGUUAAAAAAUUAGCUAAGAAAAAAGAAAAAGAGUCAGAAGAUGUUGAAAAGAGGGAAAAGAAUUUAGAAGAGGCAAAGAAAAUUGUUAUUUAUCAAAAUCCAUCUUUGCUCAAACCAUCAAUUAUUAAGAUAAAAGAAGCAAUUAAAUAUUGCAAUGCUAGGGUUAAAAUAUAUGGUUGGAUUCAUCGAUUAAGAAGACAAGGGAAAUCACUUAUGUUUAUAACACUGAGAGAUGGUACUGGAUACUUGCAAUGUAUAUUUUCUGAUAAAUUGUGUCAAACAUACGAUGCAUUGUUACUCAACUCAGAAGCCUCUAUAGUUGUUAAUGGUAAAAUAGAAAAGGUUCCAGAAGGGAAAAAUGCUCCAAAUGGCCAUGAGUUAAUAGUGGAUUAUUGGGAGGUUAUAGGUCAUUCUCCUCCUGGAGGAGCUGAAAGUCUUAUUAAUGAAGAAUCCCAUGUAGAUGUCCAAUUAGACAAUCGGCAUAUGAUGUUAAGGGGUGAAAAUUUUUCCAAAAUCAUGAAAAUCAGAUCUGUUGUUAUGCAAUGUUUUAGGGAUCAUUACUUCUCACGUGGAUAUUUUGAAAUAACACCUCCCACUUUGGUACAGACUCAAGUUGAAGGAGGCUCAACGCUUUUUAGAUUUAAUUAUUUUGACGAAGAAGCAUAUCUGACUCAAUCUUCCCAAUUAUACCUUGAGACUUGCCUUCCUGGUAUGGGGGACGUUUUUUGCAUUAUAUCAUCUUACCGGGCAGAAAAUUCAAAAACUAGGCGUCAUUUGGCUGAAUACACUCAUAUAGAGGCCGAAUGUGCUUUCAUCACAUUCGACGAUCUUUUGAACAGACUGGAGGAUUUGGUAUGUGAUGUAGUCGAUAGAGUCCUCAAAUCCCCCAUUGCUGAAUUGUUUUACGAAUUAAAUCCAGACUUUAUAGCCCCUAAGAGACCAUUUAUGAGGAUGGAUUACACAGAUGCCCUAGAAUAUCUGAAGGCCAAUGACAUCACCAAAGAUGAUGGUUCAUUCUAUGAAUUUGGCGACGAUAUUCCAGAAAUGCCGGAACGAAAAAUGACGGAUAAAAUUAAUCAGCCCAUAUUAUUAUGUCGUUUCCCGAGAAACAUCAAAGCAUUUUAUAUGCAAAAAUGUCCGGAAAAUGCAGAGCUCACUGAUUCGGUAGAUGUUUUGAUACCAGGAGUAGGAGAAAUAGUCGGUGGCUCCAUGAGGAUAUGGGAUUACGAUGAAUUGAUCGAAGGCUAUAAACGAGAAGGGAUAGAUCCUACUCCAUACUAUUGGUAUACGGAUCAGCGCAAAUAUGGAACUUGUCCCCACGGUGGCUAUGGCUUAGGGUUCGAACGAUUUUUGACCUGGCUACUUAAUCGAUACCAUAUUAGGGAUGUUACAUUAUUUCCUAGAUUCGUAGGAAGAUGCAAGCCUUAAAAGGAUAUAUAUUAUUUUUACGAUUUUAUCAAAUAAUAUCAUUUUUAUUAAUACCAUAUUGCAUGUAAUACAUCGAUUUAUACUUCGCUAUACUGUAUACUAAACUAUUUUUUUAAACUCUUCUAUGAUAUGGAUUUAUUCCUGUUAUCUUUGUGCAUCAUAUCAUAGC